AACUGAAUUUCACUCAGACAAUUUCCUGUUUCCUACUUGACGCGUAGUGGGGGAAGGAUUCUUUUCAGUCUUCCUUCAGAGGUAGAUUCCCUUGGACAGACUCUGAUUAGAACUCCAGCGAGGAGUUUAGUAAACCUUGAUUAAUGAAGUGGCAUCAGGAAGUGCCCGGGUUCUCGGGGCUGGGCAGAGUUCCGUGAAAAUGUUUAUUAACGACACAGCCUGCCGGGCGCUGGUCCCAGCACACGGAGGACUCUGGCUCAAGCCGACCGCCUGCUUCCCAGCCGCUCUCAGCAGACAGGAAUGCUUCUGGCGAGGAAGCUUCUGGAGUUCCAUGGAGCUUCCAUUUACCAACCUGGAAAUGGCGUUCAUUCUACUCGCUUUUGUCAUCUUUUCAUUGUUCACCCUGGCUUCCAUCUACACUGACCCGGAUGAGCAGAAUGAAGAAGAAGAACAUCAAAUGAAGGAAGAAGAGAAGAGACGAAAAAAGUCCGGAAAGAAGAAAAACAUCUCAGAGAGAGAGCACGGAGUUGAGACUGUUUAACUACGAUCUCACAGCC